AUGUCAAAAAUUCAUCGUCCAAUCUCAUCAACCAACGUAAUCUCUGCUGCUGAAAGGUCAUCCACGUUGGAAACCAUAUGCAAGAUUGUGCAACAACAAAUGUUCAAUAGCGAAUACGAAGCUCUAAAAUUGGGCAAGCCUAUCAAUUUGAGCAACCGUUUAUUGUCGUUGGCUUUGUUUAUGGGUCAAGACGGAUUGAUUCGGGUAGGCGGGAGAUUCAAAAACUCCGAUUUGAUAUUUGACGCGUGUCACCCGAUAUUGUUGCCGCGCAAUCACAACCUGACUCAAAAGCUAAUAAGGCAGGAACAUGUGCGAAACAUGCACGCCGGAGUGCAGGCCACAAUGGCCUCGUUGAGACAACGUUUCCGAUGUCCUUGCAAUCCGCCACGCAAAAAAUUAUUCAAGAGUGCAUAA